CAAACUUCUACCUAGGUAUACUCGACUGAAAUCGUUGUCGCCCUGUAGCCCUACUGUCUUUUCCUACGCUAACCCUAUGGCAAUGUUAUUACCUCAAGAGAAUCAACCUAUCGCAUGGGUUGCGUUGGCCAUAUUUUCCGGCGUGUUUUCUCAUCGCUUCUACUUCAUCAAAGGCGAACAUCAUCUCAAAGCCCCAAUUUACUUUCGGAGCCUCCUUGCACUCAUCAUACUAUUUUUCACCCCACCAGCCAAGGAAUUUCUUUCUCAACGGCUUGGGCUCCGCCAGCCAUUCCUUUUCCUGUUUUCAUAUUUGGCGUCCCUCUUCACUAGUAUUACGAUCUAUCGGAUCUAUUUUCAUCCUACCCGCUAUUAUCCAGGCCCAAGGCUGGCAGUAAUAUCCAAGUUAUGGCACUCAUGGCUGUGUCGCGGAUCUCAGAAUCAUAAAGUGCUUGAUGUAUGGCAUGAAAAAUAUGGAGAAUUCAUCCGCACCGGUCCGAAUGAGAUAACCGUCUUCCAUCCCGAGGGACUGGAAAUACUCCAUGGUCCACAGAGUACUUGCUCGAAAGCAGACUGGUACGACGUUCUCUGGCCGCAUGUUGCACUCAAUAGCAUCAGGGACAAGCCGGAACAUGAUAUGCGUCGUAAAACAUGGAAUCCGAGUUUCUCCAAAGAAGCUCUUUCGGAUUACGAUGUAGCGUACCAGAAACAUAAUAUCCGGUUCGAAGGUGUGAUACGCGAACACAACGGCCAGAAAGUAAACAUUGUGGACCUAAUUUACUAUUGGAGCUUCGACGUGAUGGGCGAGAUAACAUUUUCUAAGUCAUUUGAGACUCUUACUGAUGACCACGCGCGGGGACGCCAAAAGAUCAUACGAUACUUCAUGAGGUAUCUUGGACCGUGCUCACCGUCCCCUUGGCUCGUUAACUUGGGUUCUAGCGUCCCAGGGGUAAUGGGAAGCUGGAAUGGGAUGCUUAAGAUGUGUACAAACUACAUGACGGAGCGUAUAGAGGGAAAGACAACGAAAUCAGAUAUUGCAAGCAAAGUUGCCACUUAUAUCCAAGAUCCGCAUCAUCUAGGUGGCGAGGCACUCGCGAUGAUAAUUGCUGGCUCUGAUACUCUAGCUUGCACUUUGGUGUAUGCGCUCUUCUACCUAGCAAAGGUUCCACAUUACCAGGACUUGUUACUCGAAGAGCUGAGGAAGUAUAAUGUGCUUGGUGAUCAACAAUUCAGUCCCGCGCGUUUGCAAUCUCUUCCAUUCUUGAAUGGGAUUAUAAACGAGACCCUAAGACUCCAUAAUCCAGUUCCUGGUGGUUUACCUAGAAUUGCUGGGCCGGAAGGGCUCACAAUUGCGGGGAAAUAUAUACCGCCAUUCACCACGGUCGUGGCGCCGCGCUACCAUAUUGCUCGGUUACCGUCUUGCUUCUAUAAUCCGGACCAAUUCGACCCUUUCCGCUGGAUACACAAGAACAAGGGUUCGCACGACCUACGAGCUUUUGUACCCUUUAGCAUAGGGCGCUACAGCUGUGUGGGGCGAGAACUCUCAUUACGCCAAGCCCGGGUAUUCCUUUCGACUAUCGUGUCUACAUUUAAGAUUCGAUUUGCAGAUGGAGAAGAUGGCAUCGCAGUUGAGAGAGAUAUGGUGGAUGAAUUUACUGCAUUUCCGGGACCGCUAUGGUUGCAGUUCGAGGCACGGGUUUAGUCGGAUCAUUUGGAGUAGUCCGAGUCACAAUCAGUGACAGUGCAAGCCACAUACACGUAAUCUUGAAGCGGUCAGCAAUAGGGAACCAAUGGGACAAUUGUGCAAGUUUUCGUCUCGUUAAAGAUUUUCAUCCGUGUGGUGGCACAAGACAGGCAAACAGUAGAUCAAUCUGAAGAAUUGAUUAUGAUGCAGU